AUGGCGGUGGGGGAGGGUUCAUCUGAGCCUGAUGAGGAACAGCCCCAUAGCCCACGGCAAGUCGAACCGAAGGAGAUUGAAGACUCUCGUCCUGCUACUCCCAAGAGUGCAAGUGGCCCAGACCAUGACCGAGUUCACGCUGAGGACCAGGAAGAGGAAGAUGGCGAAGAUGAUGAAGACGACGGGGAAGAAGAGGAGGAAGAGCCCAGGCUGAAAUAUGCUCCGUUGACCAAGAAUCUGAGCAACGUCUACAGGAACGGCGAUUCCACCAGCUCGUUCAUAGUUGCUGGCGACAAACUGGUCCUAGGCACACACGAUGGCAAGAUCCACGUCUACACAAUGCCUAUGAUGCAAAAUGUCAAGAGCUAUCGCGCACAUACGGCCAGUGUGUCCUCAGUCUCCAUAUCACCCUUUCCUCUUCCUCUACCUCUUCCUCCGAGACUCGAUGCUAGUCAGCGUUCAGCUACUGACUCGCCUGGUCCUCGUCCUGCGCCGUCGGCCUCUCCAGCUGCGAAAAAUAGCCCGCGACAGGCUACCGUUUGGAGAACUGCCUCCAACGACAUUUAUAUCGCGACCUCUUCCAUUGACGGUCAUGUCUGUGUGCAAUCCUUAGUCGAUCCUCAAGAAGUGCAGCUGAGGGAUUUUGGGCGUCCUGUACAAGCGGUUGCAGUGUCUCCCGAGUUCAAAUCGGACAAAAGUUAUCUCUCUGGUGGUCAGGCAGGAAACCUGAUCCUUACUAGCGGACAGGCUGUGAAGAGCGCAAAAGCUACCACACUCGGCACUGCCGCUGUUGCUUCUGGCUGGUUAGGGUCUAUUGGUUUAGGUUCGAACACUGGCUCCGACAGAAUUCUGCACAGUGGUGAAGGCAUCAUAAGCACGAUCAAGUGGUCUUUAUCUGGCAAGUACGUCUUAUGGGUAAAUGAGCAGGGCAUCAAGAUCGCACGAUCACACUUAAAGAUCGACAGUUCAGAGACAGGUCAGGAGUGGAAACGCAUAUCUCAUGUGAGUCGACCUAAUAGACCUGGCUGGGAGGAAAUAGCUGCAGCACAGCGAGCUCGCGCUGAGUGGGUCGACCGAUCCAGUCUCGAUUCUGAUGACGACCCGGCUCUACGCAGGCCCUCUUCAAAUGGUGGCAUUAAGGCUUCGGACAAGACUGGCGUGGAAGAAGUUGUUGUCGGCUGGGGCGACAUGACCUGGAUAAUAAGGGUGACUCCUGGUGACGGAGGGUCGAUGACCAAGGACGCCGCUCCUGCUGGCCGUGCCGAGGUCAUCUCUGUCAUACGGUUCGACGAUUGUACCGUGGCCGGUGUGUCCCUAUAUACGCCGACCUUACUCCUGAUUCUGGCCUACUUGGAGAAAAAGUCCGCCGAUACACGAACAGCCAACGACAGUACGCCUAGAAGUCGUUCUAAGAGACAUUCUGCUUUAAAACCUGAGUUGAGACUUAUAGAUAUUAAUUCAAAAGAAGAAAUCGAGACAGAUGCCCUCCCCAUCAGCAGGUUCGAGAGCCUAGCGUCUUCCGACUAUCACUUAGGCGUACUCUACCCUGUCAAAAUCCCAGCUCAGCUAGCUCAGAAGGGUUACCUUGGUCAGAUGGGAAGUGGUAUGGCCGUUGUGGGCUCGGGCUUGGUAACUGGUACAGAAGUCGUGGCUCAGGGUAUGUGGGACGCCACAAUGUACGGUCCAAGAAUGCUUGGUGCGAACAGGUUGUUCAGCCAAUCCGAUGGUGCAAGUAUUCGCAGUGGCAGAAUCGGAACAGACAAGUCUCCUAUGCCACCCAACAAAUCUAGCAAUUAUCUAACAGGCUGGAUCCCUGGCCUUGGGUCAAGUAUUUUUGGAAACGAAAAUGAAGAACUAAAGGCUGUUGCAACAACACAAGGGAUGAAGAUCUUCCUCAUGAGCCCUUUUGACUGCAACGUUGCUGUGAGGCGGACAUUGUCGGACAGAAUACAUUGGCUGGAACAGCAAAAACACUACCAACGAGCAUGGGAAUUGCUGGACCAACACCCAGAAGCUGCAAGCUCAACGAGCCAAACAUCGGAAGCGUCAAGCCCCCCGACUCCUUCCAAGGCAAGUUCUAUCGGGCAGUCAACAGCCGACAGUGUAGCAAGUCCGUCGAAGGCGAUGAAACCUACAUUAGCAGAUUUCUUUGCCGAUUCAGCUUCCGUGGUAGAUUCGCCACAGCCAGAGAAAAGGGCCAAAUACUCAAUAGCCGAGAAAGAAAAGAGGCGGUUGGGUGAAUUAUGGUUGCAGCAAUUAACCAAAGCCAACAAAUGGGUUGAGGCGGCAGAGGUGGCUAGUAAAGUGCUUAACACCACGUCCCGUUGGGAACACUGGGCUUGGGUGUUCGUAAAGAACGAUCAGAUCAACGAGAUAUCACCUUACAUCCCAGCCAUGGAACUCACGCCACCACUCUCACCGUCGAUCUACGAAGUGAUUCUUGGCCAUUAUGUUGUCAAAGAUCGCAAAAGGUUUCAGGAGCUCAUUGACCUCUGGCCUUCAGACUUGUUUGAAAUAAGCUGCGUUACCACAGCAAUACAGGAACAGUUACCUCAAGUUGCGAAAGAGUCCGACGACUGGCGAAGACUUACUGAAUGUCUAGCCAAACUCUACUUGGCUGACGGCCAUUACAAGGAGGCACUACGCUGUUACAUACGACUGCAAGAUGCUGACACAGCUAUGUCACUGGUCAAAGAUCACCAUCUAGUGGAAGCAGUUGUGGAUGACAUUCCUGGCUUCGUUCUGUUAAGAGUGUCUUCACAGCACUUCAAAUCAGCGUCAACCGAGGAGCUGGAAGCAUUAUGCUCGGAGCCCAUAAAGCUGUUGGUAGGUGAAGCAAGUAAAGGAAUUGUCGAUCCUGAGGACGUAAUUCAACAGCUUAACAGGCCUGAAUUGAGACCAUUCCUCUUUUUCUACUUCAAGCAUCUAUGGCAGGGAACUAGCGGUUCAUCAUCACAUCUGUCACGCCAACGGCAUCGAUUUUCUACAGUAAAGCUUGCAGCAGACGAAGGGAAGCUUCUGGUUGAUCAAUAUCCGGACUUAGCGGUGGAAUUGUUUGCCCAAUACGACAGAAAUCUGCUAAUAGAUUUUCUUCAGACUUCUACUCUGUACGACUUCUCUUCAGCCUUGAAGCUGUGCGAAAAGAAAAGAUACAUUGAAGAAGAAGUUUACCUGCUCAGCAAAACAGGCAGUCUGAAAAAAGCUCUGUCGUUGAUCAUCGACCAACUUCAGGACGUACCCAAGGCUAUUGACUUUGCCAAAGAACAAGGAGAUAAAGGUCUCUGGGAUGAUUUGCUCGAUUACUCGAUGUCACGGCCGCGCUUCAUCUCGGGCUUGUUAGCAGGGGUAGGCACAGCGAUUGACCCUAUCACUCUUGUGAAGCGCAUACCAUCUGGCAUCGAGAUCGAAGGCUUGAAAGAUGGCCUGAAGAAGAUGUUACGAGAAUACGACUUGCAGGAUAGUAUAUCGUCUGGAGCAGCAAAAAUCUUGAGCAGUGAAGUGGCUGUGAACAUGGAAAUCUUACGCCGCGGUCGACGACGAGGCAUUAAGUUUGAGGUACCAGUAACGCCACGGAAAGUCAUUAAGGAUGAUUCGCAGUCAGAAGACCCAAACGCCACCGGACUUCCUGGACCAACAGAGCCCAAACCUGGACACUGUGCUACCUGCGAACGUGCCUUUGUAGGCGACGAAGCCGAAAUGCUCAUUGGAUUUGCUUGUGGACAUGUCUAUCACGUCUCAUGCCUGUUCAAAGACGACAUAAGGGCACCGAUUGCGUCGAUAGGCGACAGAGAGGAUGAAGACGAUGAUGAGAGGUACGGCUACAACAGGAGUAUAGCAACCAAGGUCACGAACGCAAGACUGCUAAGAGAUAGGAUAAGUCUACUCGGUGGAUGCAAGGCAUGUAGAGCCAGAAAGGCCCACAUUGCAGACGUGGUACAAUAG